AGUCUUUACUUGGAACUCUCCACAGCCACAUAAUAAGCACAGGAAGAACAAGUGAUAAUUGGAUUAUCAUCAUUAUUGCGCUGCGCCUGCAAAAAAUCGCAUGAGCACACCCGCUUUUCAUCAACAGGGUGUGAAACUUCGCACACAACGGUGCCAAAAAAUUGAAAAAGAAAAAGAAAAGGCUCCAGUUUGCUGAAAUCUCAUAACAAAAGGCUUGAAAAUUUGUGAGUGUUUGUCGGAAUGAUCAGCUAGUGUGGAAAAAUGACUCAUAAAAUCGUAUCAAAUGGUGAGUCAUCUUUGCAUACUCAUUUGCAUGCAAUCGAAGAAAACACAGACCCUGAAAGCAAAACAUGAAAAAAAGAACAAGCGCAUCUCCUUGAUUAACACACCCUGUCGUUUCCAUAUUUAAAAUGCGACAUCUUCUCUGGAUCAGAUGCCUCAUCUGGGCGCAGCAGCAGCAGUGUUGAGCAUCCAGAAGGCCAUUGGCACUGACCCGCAGUGACUGACCCCGACUGAGAGACAAUUAAUUCUCAACUCUUUGGACACACUCGCCAGUGUUGUUUCGAACGCAGUAGUUCUAGUGACUAGUGGUGCCAUCUAGGAUGAGUUCCUACUUUGCAAACUCGUACAUCCCCGACCUUCGCAACGGCACCCCCGACCACUACGCGGCGGCCGCUCACCAGGGGGCACAGGUCAACUCUGACCCCUCGUGUGACCCGAGCCUCCGGCAGGGCAUCCCCCACCACUAUGGAGGCCCUCCGGCGGCGGGUCAGCCGCCCCCGGGCAUGCCCUACCCCCGCUUUCCGCCCUACGACCGGCUGGACAUCAGGGCGGCGGGGUACUACGGCACCCAGACGGGCCAGACGGCCCAAAACGGGGCUGCCGGACUCAUGGUGGACAACACGGGCGGCUACCGGCCCAACUCGCCCACCAUGGGAGGGGCGCACAUGCCCCAGCAAACCACCCCCGUGCAGUACUCAAGCUGCAAACUGCAGGCCAACGCGGUCGUGACCCAGCAAAUGCCCCCCGAGAGCCCGCCGGCCAUGCACCCCCAGCACAUGGGCCAGCACCACAUGGCUCAGCAGGGACACAUGGUGCAGUACAACAAUGUCGCACCGCCGCCCCAGCAGAUCCCUCACCAGGUGCACCAGCCGCAACACAACAAUCAGCUCCAGCACCCCCCGCAGCAACACACACCCCCGCAACAGCAGACCAACAACUCCUCGGCCAACCUGCCCAGUCCCCUCUACCCUUGGAUGAGGAGUCAGUUUGAAAGGAAACGAGGUCGCCAAACCUACACAAGGUACCAGACCCUCGAGUUGGAAAAGGAGUUCCAUUUCAAUCGUUACCUGACGAGACGUCGUCGCAUCGAAAUUGCACACGCUCUCUGCCUGACAGAAAGGCAAAUCAAGAUUUGGUUCCAGAACAGGCGCAUGAAGUGGAAAAAGGAGAACAAGUCCAAGUCGGACUCCGGCUCGCAACACGACGGCAUGGACGCCACCCCUCCGGACUCGCCCCAAUAACUCACCCCCUCGACCCACCCCCAGCGUGACGCAUAUAGAAGUCUCUCUCUUGAAUAAUUAACAAAGUAUCGAGAAAAAAGAACAGUAAUUAGUUAAAGGAAAGAAUCAACCAAAUAAGCGUUAAUUGAGAAAUUUCGUGUGUCGGAGCAGAAAAUUUGCUUUUCUGAACGCGUCGUUUCUCUUGCUACCAAAUAUUUAAAGGGCUUAGAUUACCAUUGACGAUUUUUUUCUAUUAAUUUAUGAGAAUUUUUAUGAUUGUGUAUGAUAUAUACAUUCAGCUGUGUUGCUAAGAACGAGUACAAUUGAAAUACCACACUCACGAACGAGUCCCUUAUGUCUGUGUAGAGCUGUAAGUGGUGCAGUUUCCUCUCAAAACCCCCCAAAAACAAUAUGAAAAGGAACUUGGUGAUAAAAAAAAAAAUAUAUAACGAGAAUAAUUAUUUAAAAACUACUCUGAGACUUUCUAAAAGUGAAAAGAGAAGAAAGAAGAGGCAGAUCAAGUGUCAAAUAAUUAUUAGUUUAAUGACUCUCGAGACGAACUCUAUCUAAUAAUCGAUUAAGUGAUGGUGUUUUUGAUUUAGGCGAGUGUUUUUAUGUGAAAAUCAUGCCGGUGUCUCUUUAACCUAAACGAGAAUCGGGCGCAUAUUUGUUUUAAAGCAAACCGAAAUCUCACAGCCAAGACCCUCAGCAUUGGAUAUGUCAGCACAAAGAGGAUCAAUGUGAGUACUCAGGAUUAUUAUUUUUAUUGUUCUUGAAUGCGAAAAUUGAUCAUCAUCCCAAAAAAUAUUCAAAAAAAUCAGGCCCCUCUAAAUUCACAAAAUUUUUAAUAACGAAAACAAAUCGCACCAAGUGCAAAACCUUUUUUGGACUUGAUUAAUUUAAAAGGGGCUUUAAUAAUUUUAAAUUUUAAAUCGGUGAUGAUCGAUUGAGUUGAAAGAAGAAACAAACUGAGGAAAUUAUACACUAUUGAAUGUGUAAUUAGAUUUAUAAAUUACGAAAAGAGAUAAAAUACAAGUGUCGUGUCAGUGUUGCAAAUAAUAUAUUUAUCAAGACGAUGAUGAUGUAAUGGACAGCGCGCCAAAAAUUAAAUAACGAAACUUGAAAUACGUAAAUCCAGUUCAGAUAUCUUAAAUAGAAAAACUAUUUUGACCAGACAAAAUGUGCCGCGAUCGAGAUAUUGUUUGAUAUAAAAAUGUAAUGAACGUAAAUGUCCGUUUCUGUCCCAUCUUCUCGUAUUUAAAUUAAUAUGAAAAUCAAUUUGUUGUGUGUUGUGUGGAAAUAUUUAUAUAUAUAUACACGGGAAGAGUAUUAACUUUUCUGUAAUUUAAACGCAAAACUCUCUCUUUAUUCAGAAGAUAUCUCAUCGAUAAAUAAGAAAACGAAAGGAAAGAUAGUCUUUUUUAUCUAACAAUUUUAAUUAACACAACUCACGCAUCUUUUUAUUUCAUUCAGAAAACCUCCAAAAAUGUACGAGUGUGCUUUAUUUCGGUUUUAUUUGAUUUCAGACUCCCCAAAAUUAAUUUCAACCAGUGCUGGAUUAAAUUUCAACCAACACUGCUUGAACCCUAUUUUUUUUUGUUCAAACUCAUCCUCAUUAAUUUACUAAUGAUUUAAUUAACCUCGAUGAAUUAAUUAAAGCUUCACGAGCAGUCAAUCAAAUUAAGUACGUACUUGACUUGUAUAAAAGGAGUGAAAGUGCAUCAAAUGCUCAUGCAGCUAACCGUCACUAAUGAAUUCAUUCAGAGUCAUACACUUGGCGUAAAUGCACAUAAUUUAAUUAAGGAGUUUCAAAAGCCAAAAUGACGAAACGAUGACAACGCUGCUGGAAAAUUAUGGGCUUGCACGCACAAUUUGAUUUAACUGCUGCUUCUGCUCAUCUUAAUCACGUAAUUAACCGCAAACCCGCUUUUAGUUAAUUAACUUAAUUUUUUCUGCGCAAAUAUUAUAAUAUGAUGAUGUUGAACACAAGCAAAGACUGAAAAUGAAAUAUUAUAUAUAUACGUAUUUGAUAUUAAACGUAAUUAAAAUACGAAUUAAUGAUCACACGCAUGUCUAUAAUUAUAUAUGCAAAUUAAUUGAACGAUAAAUCUCACAUAUAAAACGUGCAUCUCAGUUAAAUGAUCAUUAUUUGAUACAGAAGUAUACGUCUAUAAUUAUCAUCUUUCCUGAAAUUUUAUUGAAAAUUCUGAAAUUAUUUAAAAAAAAAAAAAUCCACCAACACAAAGCGGAUAUUUGCCAAAAGCUUUACAUUAUUAUACGUACUGCCAAGCUUAUAUAACUUUUGACAAUGAGGAUUACAAUUUUUUCAUGUUUUGAUGUGUUUUUGUUCUCUCUAAUUCUGACCGCAUUUUGUUUAAUUGUGUAAUAAUUUUAAAUGGAGAACCCUUUUUGCAUAUAUUGAUUUUAUUAUUGAAAUAUUAUUUUGUUGAGUUUUAUUUGAAAUGAAUGAGAAAGUUAUAUAUACUAUGAGCGAAUAAAUGAUGCCUAAAGGUUAUCAACCCGUCAUACAAAA